GGAAGAGGGAGGGCUGUGUGGUGUGAGGCAGUGCGUGUGCUCAGUGUUUAGGUGAAUCCACAGCCCUCUGGCUCACAAGGAUAAAGGAUCCUCGUUGAGGAAGAGAGAGAGACAAACAACACCGGGAAUUUUUUUUAAGCCUUUUUCCUUCCUCUUUCUUUCACUCUACAUUAUCCUCCCCUCAUCCUCUCAGUCACCACCAGCCCCCGGUGUCUGCAUUUUAUCUCUUUUUGCCCUUUUGUCUUCCUCUUUUGUUCCCCUGCAUCCAUCUCCGCUUCACCUCAGUCCAGAGAGAAGGAAAGAAGAGAAGAGUCAGAGGCAGCAUCCUCCCCUCCUGCAUGCCCAGCCGGUGGUGGGUGCUGAUGCUGUAACCACUGUGUGGAGCUGACAAGCCCUGGUUGAUGCAGUGAAGUGUUCCAGAGGGAUAAACACAAGCGAAGGUCGCCAGCCAUGGGGAACCUCAUUAAGGUCCUUGGCAAGGAUUUAGAGAACUGUCCACAUUUUUUCCUGGACUUUGAAAGGGGCUCAUGGGAAACCUCCUGAAAGUGCUGGCUUGCGCCGAACUUGAGCAUGGCCCAAUAGUUUUCCUUGACUUUGAACAUGCUCAGCCCACGGAGGCAGAAACAGCCGUGUGGAACCAGGUCAGCGCUGUGCUGGAGGAGGCUCAUGGGAUACUAGCGGAGCUGCAGUCUUAUAAUGGCGCAGGCCAGGAGAUACGAGAAGCCAUCCAGAACCCUGGCGACCUCGCUCUUCAGGAGAAGGCCUGGAACGCAGUCUGCCCCCUGGUGGCCAAGCUGAAGCGCUUCUAUGAGUUCUCCCUGCGACUGGAGAAUGCCCUGCGCAGCCUGCUGGAGGCGCUGACGAGCCCGCCGUACGCUCCCAUGCAGCACCUGGAGAGAGAGCAGGCCCUGGCCAAACAGUUUGCUGAGAUCCUUCACUUUACUCUCAGCUUCGACGAACUAAAGAUGACAAAUCCAGCCAUUCAGAAUGACUUCAGCUACUACAGGAGGACCAUAAGUAGAAACAGGCUGAACAACCAGCAGCUGGAAGCAGAGAAUGAGGUGAACAAUGAGAUGGCCAAUCGGAUGUCUCUGUUCUACGCCGAAGCAACACCCAUGUUGAAGACUCUGAGUAACGCUACCACCAAGUUUGUCUCAGAGAAUAAGACCUUGCCCAUAGAGGACACCACAGACUGUCUGAGCACCAUGGCCUGUGUGUGUCGUGUCAUGCUGGAGACUCCGGAGUACCGCUGUCGGUUCACCAACACAGACACCAUGCUGUUCUGCAUGAGGGUGAUGGUGGGCGUCAUCAUCCUCUAUGACCACGUUCACCCUGUCGGGGCUUUUGCUAAGACCUCCAAAAUUGAUAUGAAGGGCUGCAUCAAGGUGCUGAAAGAGCAGCCAUCCAACAGCGUGGAGGGGCUUCUCAACGCACUGAGGUAUACGACACGGCAUCUAAACGAUGACAGCACCUCGAAACAAAUCAGGGCCCUCCUGCAAUGAAAACGAGAGGCGAAGAAGGAGAGGAGGAGCGCACUUGAAGGAGGAGGACACGAAAAGAAGGAGGAGGAAACAAACACCAGUGGCUGAUAAACCUGUUUGUUUACAACGAACAAAGAAACAAAAUCAUCCCCAGGUUAAGAAAAAAAACCUGAUGAUACUAAGAAGAGGAAAAUAAUUAUAUAUAUUGUCAGCUGUCCAUCAUUCUGUCUCUCAUUUUGUAAAGUAAGAAAAGAGAAAAAAAGUCAGAAAAGAAAAUAUAGAUAUAUAUUAAAACAAGUGAAAAACAAACAUCAGAUGAAAAUAGGUAGGAUUAAAGACUAAGAGGAAGCUAUAUUGCAAAAUUUAAGGUCAGAACGGAGGCGAACAAGUGUUAAAAAAAAAUAAAAGGGUUGAUAUUCCAGUAGUAGUCUGACAAGUAUUUUUGCACACACUUUGAGAACAUCGCCAUCUCCUUUCCAAAAUCUGAUCCCAAACUGAUGCCCUGACAUUCUCACACACAAACACACACUUAGUUUAACCAAAGGGUUUUUUUUUUGUUUUUGUUUUAUUUUUAUUAACUCUUGAGGUUGCAGAUGUAGCGCUUCCUUCAGCUGCACCGACUGAUCUCUACUCGCAGGUGAAUUGUGAAGCAAUGUGAUGGACACACUCCGGAGAUUUGCUUCCACCUGUUUUAUUUCUUUUCCACACCGGUGCAGCUGGAGGAUAGGCAGCGAGGACACAAGCAUAUAAGAUAGCCCAAGUCAUUUUUUUUUUUUUAGUCCCUAAAAUGCCUCCAUUUUUUCCCUGUUCACCUUCACACUUCAUGCAGCCAAACAUGAUGUGUGGCAAUUUCCUGACACAAAAAAACAAACCUAUCCAUGUAGUGCUCUCUGGCUUUACUUGAACAAUGUCAUUCACUCUAUUUAUCUUUCCAUGGUGCUAAUGUGGUUUAGAGAUCACAGUAUUAGCUUGUUAGGCAUCAUGCGCCGGAUGUAGAAUGGGAUGAACAACUAUUUUUAUGCUAGUAUGUUACAUCCCAAACAGAAAUUUCAUGUUAGUACACAAACAGACGACUUAGAAGAUCUAGAAGAAGAAUUCUGAGAAACCACAGCACGCUUACGUCUUCACCCAGUGCCAAAGCUGAUUGGUUUACACUCUUAUUACGUCAAUAAGCAGAGAGGGGGCGUUUCAAGGGAUUGUAGUCAUCGUUUUACGUCCAUAUCAGGGUUGGAAAUGGCCAAAACAAGACAAUAAAUGACACACACGGGGUCAGAAAGUAAAUAAAAAUUAAAGGGAGAGAUGUGUGUAAAUAUGGGAGGCUUUUAUGAACAGGCAUCACCAUGGUCGGCUUGGGUCCUCAAAGGAAAAAACAUGGCAAACAUUGACAUCUGCAAGCAACUAGAGUUUGUUCUUUUAGUAAAAGGUUGAUAAAGAGCUACACCAUCAAAUAAGUGGGAAAUAAAAGUGAUAAU